AUGGCCACAAAGCAAGCUAGUCCGACAACGAACAAGAGCAAAGAAGAGACUAUUCUCCCAAAUUACGUGCAAAAGAAGCAGAAAUUAUUAUCUCUUAAAAACCAAGAAUGUAUUCCAGAUGAUCUGAUAGAGAGUAUACUGUUAAGACUGCCCAUCAAGUCUCUAAUCCGAUUUAAGUGCGUGUCAAAACAAUGGCAGUCUCUUUUAACUAGCCACCGUUUCGUUAGAGCAUUCAACAAGGACCAAAACCAAACUUGUCUCCUUGUUCCAAUGAAUUUGCUAACUGAUCCUGAUUCUACGUCAAUCAUCAACUUGAUAGAUUUAAAAACUAUAGCAGAUGAACCAGAACGUGAAAACAACAACUGGGCAGAGGUAAUCCGGUUUCCUUACCAGUGUCAGUCUAAAUUCACAUCCUGUUGUGAUGGUAUUCUGUGCUUCUAUAAUUAUAAGGUUGGUAUUUUAGGGUUAUGGAACCCAUACAUUAAUGACUACCAAGAAAUAGUGCUCCCUGAGAAUUUACACAGCGCAAAUAGUUCUUAUGCAAGUUUCUAUCUUGUUUAUGAUUCAUCCAUUAAUAAUUAUAAGAUUGUAGGAAAAGUUGCUUUAGAUUUCUAUGUAUUGACUCUGAAAUCUAAUCGAUGGAGAAAAGUUUCUAUUACUAUUCCCAUUACAAGUUUGGUGGGAACAGAAUGCAUAUCAGAUAAUAAUGGGAGUUUGUAUCUGUUUGGUUCAAAAGCUCAAAUUGCACUUCGGUUCGAUAUAGUCGAGGAGAAAUUUACAGAGGUACCAAUGCCACCUGAGGUAAUAAGAGAUGGAGAUGGUAUAAGUCAUAUUUUUGUUAAACGAGAAGGAAGGUUUGGGAUUUUAGGAAAUUGCCUCUGUUUAACCUGUGUGAACGUGGCGGAAAAUUGUUCAGAUACUUGGAUGUGGAAAGGAAAAACUUGGAGCAAGUAUUUGAGCAUUCCCUGUAGUGAUUACAUGGAAUUUAUUGGUCUGGAGCCUUUAUGCUUGACUGAGGACGGGGCAGUUGUUAUGCAUAGAAUGGAACUAUUACGCCAUUUUUUCAUUGUCGUGCAGAGCGUUGGAAAGAGCCAAGGUGAAUGUGUCGGAUUAAUCAAGGACCGCAGAGGCGCUACUUGUAAGAAAUUUUAUGUUCCUGGGAAUUGCUUACCCACAGAUUAUUCUUUUACAUACACUAAGACUCUUGUUUCACCGUCGAGCCUCAUGUAA